UUUGACGUGUCUGUUUGUUUCUGUUUUAGUUUGUUUGACCGUUGCUGGACUAUGUUGACGCUUCUGAUUCUACUCAGCCAGCUGCCCGAAGCUACCAUCGCGUUUCCUCUUUGUAGGAGAGGUCCAGAGGCAUCUGGGCAUGCGGGGGAAGAAGUAUUUACAUCAAAAGAAGAAGCAAACUCUUUCAUUCAUAGACACCUGCUAUAUAAUAGAUUUGAUUUGGAGCUCUUCACUCCAGGUGACCUAGAAAGAGAGUGCAUCGAAGAGCUCUGCAAUUAUGAGGAAGCCAGAGAGAUUUUUGUGGAUGAAGAUAAAACGCUGGCAUUUUGGCAGGACUAUUCAAUUAAAGGACCAACCACAAUAUCAGGUGGAAACAGAGAGAAAAUUGACGUUUUGGGCCUUCUGACUGGACUAAUUGCUGCUGGAGUAUUUUUGGUUAUUUUUGGAUUACUUGGUUACUAUCUUUGUAUCACUAAGUGUAACCGGCAAGGACAUCCAGGUUCUUCAGCCACCUACGUAAGAAGAGGAAGGCAGACUCCCUCCAUCAUUUUCAGAAGACCUGAGGAGGCUGUCUUGUUUCCAUCAGCACCUCCAGUGGAGGACAUAGAAUUACCUUCUUAUGAACAGGCAGUAGCACUGACCAGAAAACACAGUAUUUCGCCACCACCGCCUUAUCCUGGGUCAACAAAAGGGUUUAGGGUAUUUAAAAAGUCUCUGUCACUCCCAUCUCACUAAGCUCACCUUGCCAUCUUGGUGGUAAAGGAGAUUCGUGUUAUUUGAAUGGUUCAUUUUUCCCGAGCCAUAAAGACACGUCAGUUCAGCCCUUUAUGACAAACUGCAAGAAGUAAAGGAGGAAUAAGCAUGAGUACUACACCACAGAAGUUCUGUCGGCAUCUUGAACCUGAACUUGAUCAUUAUCAACCCGAUAAGAAGCUUGGACUCCAUAUCUUUGCAGUUAAGAAGAGAGCACUUUUUUCUUGUUUAUUUUAAUGAUUCAAAAAAAAAAUCUGUAGUAUGGAUGUCAUAAGUAGAACUGAUGAAAUAUCUGUAUCCUUUGUGGUAGAUAAAGGUUGUAGAUUUUUUGUGUUGAAUAUUUUAAAAGUAAGAAUUUGUAAUCAUUAGAUUAUCCCAUCAUAAUAUUGGGCCCACGCUUUAUUAGGCUUUCUUAUUGGUUGCAAAACUUCAAAGAAUUUGAUACUUCAUUAUAAAUUGGUGGUCUUAAUAUAA